AAUCAUCAUGAAGGAGCCAUGCUUCAGAUGCAAACGACCCACUUAUUUCAAUGAUAAGAUGGGACCCCUAAAAGAUGGAUCCAUGUUUCAUAAAGGAUGUUUUAAAUGUUGGAUUUGCGGAACCCGGUUGUCACUGAAAACUUAUCACAAUAAUAGAAAUGAUAAUACUGAUCUCGAGGUAUACUGUGCGGGUCACGUACCAACUCCAGGACCACAUGAUCCAAUUCCACAUCGAUCAAAUCUUCUUUUCUCGCCAAAAACGAAAGGAGAGUAUCCACAUAAUUUGAUGAGACCAGCUGGACCAACAUAAUGUGAUCUGUUUAUAUCCGAAAAGCUGAAAUAUUCUGAAAAAAUGAUUCUUAAUUGGCUGUCUUCUCCUCAUUCUCUCUUGUUUCCAUCGCCUCGCCUUUAUCCCUGUUCAUUGUGAAUUUGCUAUUGUUUGGCUUGUAUUAUAUAAACUUGACGACUCUCUG